AUGGGUAGCAUUGGUAGUUCCUCACCACCCCAUGUAGUGAUUUUUCCAUACAUGGCUCAAGGCCACACUAUUCCAUUGACAGACUUGUCCAAGGCAUUAGCCCAACGUAGCCUAAAAGUAACCAUCAUUACCACCCCAGCAAAUGCUCCAUUUAUCCUUUCCAAAACCUCUAUCCACCCAACAAUCUCUUUGUCCAUAAUCCCUUUUCCAAAAGUUUCAGAAUUGCCAGAAGGUUGUGAAAAUGUUAACCAUCUUCCUUCUCCAGAUCUCAUUUUACCUUUUUUGCACGCCAUCAAACAACUCCAACAAGCUUUUGAAGAUGUCCUUAAAGAGAUGUGUAAUUCAAGAAAUGGCUGGCAUCGGUUGUGCCCACAACUCCAGCAAGCUUUCAAUCACAUAUGA